AAAGAGCAAGGGCACGCUUCUUCGAAAGCUAAUCCACGUUCUUUACUCAGUGAAAUGGAAGAUGGACCAGGAGAUGAUGCCCCGUCAGGAGCCGCACUCUCACUAUCAAACUUGAACCUGGACGAUAAUAGUGAUGCCGAGUUCAAUGAAUCCACUAUCGUUCAGAACUCUGGAGAGGUCAAUUAUACAGACGAAUCCCUUCUCGCGCAAGAGAAUCAGGCGGUCUCUGCCAUCCGUUCUGCCCUCGACUUUGACAAAUAUGGAAAGCCUUUGGAAGAUGUCAGCGCAAGACCUAAUAAAUGGGCACCACCAGUUCACCGGCGUCGUGGACUGGUACAAGACUCGCUUUUCAAAAUGAAGCAAAUGACGUUGCCUUCUUCGAUGUCCCUACAACUAAAUCCUAAUGGCGGUCGAACUGAUCCAUGGGAGACCGAAUAUCCUGAAGAUAGCGAAACGGAUGCGAACCGCCGACACACCCGGCGAAGGUCCUCAAGCAAAACGAGCAAGCAUGGUUCUGCCCGUGGAAGUGAUGACAGCCGUGUCACGAGGAGACGCGCCGCUGUCUCCAGACUGAAUAGGACCGCGCUGGCCAGAGCCGAGUACAUUACUGACCAGGAAAACAACCCCAUAGAUGAGGGUGCAGAAAAUGCACAAGACGAUAGCCGGCUGGUAGAAUUCGAGGGAGAGAAUGUGAAUCAUCGGGAUAAUUUGGAGGUCAAUGGGUGGGGUAAGACACUCUUAGAAAUAUGGAUCAUCCUUCAGGCUGCGAUCAUUCUGGUUGUCUUUGUCUAUUCGAUGGCACGACGAGGACCUAGAGCAAUUCUAGACGCUGCCGAG